AUGACAGAAGCAUAUUUGGAUUUCGGGGCAGAGACCGAAUACGAUGAUGGGACAGGAACACAACUCUGUGGUCUCCUUUAUGAUCUAUUAUCCGCUAGAACAUUAACAGUAUGUCCUUUUCUUAUUCAGUUGAUCCAAGAUGGGGAAGAUCCGGUUCGGUUACGACAACCAAUGGAAACUCGACAUUUGGUAAUGAAGACAAAUCUGCUUCCGAAUGAGCUCAUUGGAAUAAGGCUUAUGAUCAAUAGCUGUCCGGACUUGGAAACUCUCACGUUCCAAAUGGUUGCUCCUAGGCCAGUUCCAAUGACGACUUCAGCGAUCGCUCCAGAUACUUACUGGAAGUGCAAUAUCAACCAUAGGUGUUUGAAGAAGACGUUGAAGGUUGUGGAGUUGAAGAAUUUUACUGGUGGCUUGUACGAGUUACAUGUGUUGGAGUUCUUGAUUUGGUGUGGUCGUGUGUUGGAAAGGGUUGACCUUUAUUUGGCUAAUGGAUUGGAGCAGGGUCAAAAGGAUUUGGCAAGUGCUGAAGCUCAGAAGAUUAGGACGUUCGAGAAAGCUUCGGAGCAUUUAAGUAUUACUAUCCAUAACGGUUGA